AUGGGGGAUAAAGGUGGAAAGACCGACAUGGACCGUAUUGGUUUAUUCAAAGAAAUGAGUUACAUCACCAUUGGCGAUAAAUAUACUACACCUGGGCAGGGAGUAUUUAAUGAACCAGCAAGCAAAGGGAAGCAGAUGUUUCCUGGUGGUGGUAAAAUAAAAAGCGCAAGACAAGAUGGUUACUUUGAUGAAAAAUUCAAUCGUAUCUUGGAAGGGGAGGCUUACUCUGAUCCUGUGAAGCUAAGACGACAGCAAAAGAUUGCGGCAGCAAAGAAGAAUUUGUCAAAGGCUUUUAUGCCAACUAAUGGUGCUAAAUCAAUGAAUGGAUAUGGGACAUAUUUUGGUACCAUUGGAGCAGCUCUUCCAGCAUUCACUCCACAGACUAAAGAGGGGAGCUCUAAAAAAGUUGGUGGUAAAAAUUUCUUUACAAAUCCUGGAAAGAAAGGAACUGGUUAUGGGUAUGCCAAUGUUGGUUUGAAUCCAUACCCCCCAUAUAAUUCUGAUGAAUACGACAGGUCAAGAGAGAUAAUCAAGAAAGAUGCGAUAGCUCACAAGAAUGCUCUCAAAGGUGGUGUUUUUCGCCUCAAUAUGUAUCCAGCGAGUGAGUUUGAUAACAAUCCUUACAAAAAUGAGAGACCUUUACCUCCUGUGAGAAAAUGGGCUGGUGAUGGUCCUGCAAAAGCUAUUCAGACAGCCUUUAAGCCUAGCAACCCUGGGAAGCUGCUUGCUGGAAUGAAAGCUGGUACAUUUGAUCCUUACCCAUCUCAUUCUGCUGAUACUUACGGCAUCAAAUAUAAGAAACCUGUCCACGUUGUCAACAACAGUGGCCGCACCUUUGUUCCCCCACAAGGUCCCAAGUCAACACCAUGUACCUCCAUUGUCAAUCAAAAUGUGAUGCGGUCUGUGAAUGUCCAGAACUAUCGAUCAAUCACAGUGCUCUGA